CCCCGGGGCUGCCUCUCGCCAGCAGGGACAGGGGUGGGCGAGGGGCCGGGCGGGCUCGUGCGACCGAACUCCGCUGUGUCUUGAACCUGCCCUGUUCUGGGCGAGAGCGUGUUUUAGUCUGUGUGUCUGCUUGGCCCUUGGCUAACAAAUCAUCAUAGAGUUUAUCAGAGACUAGCAGGGCUGGAAGGGACCUCAGGAGGUAUCUAGUCCGGCCCCCUGCUCAAAGCAGGACCAAUCCCCAACUAAAUCCCCAAAUCCUUAAAUGGCCCCCUCAAGGAUUGAAUUCACAACCCUGGGGCUGGUAGGCCAAUGCUAUGUGCUGGGAGGCAGUCACUGUCGUAACGGGGGUGGGGCAUUGGGAAAGGGGACUGCUCCUGCAUGAAUUCACCAUGAACUGCUCCACCCUGCUUCUGGGGUCUUUCCCAAAAGCACACUUGAGAAAUUAAGUGUAAGCAUUGUUAUCACUUUGCCUGUUACCAUGGAAGGUGAUUAAAUACAAGACACUUGAAUUUAAAACCUUUCCUCUAGACACAAGAGAUUUUGAAGGCAAUAGUUAUGCUGAGAUAACUUGCGGAUUUUUAUUUAUUUAUUUAUUUCAACCAACCAACCAACCAUGAGUUUUGCUUGUGGCCAAUCUGACCAACAGCCUCUUCACCUCACAAACACGUUAAAUCUGCUCUGUGCCAGACUCUACCAUCAGACACAGCCAUAAUAAUAGGAUUCGAUUUCGGAAUCUGUUCACGUCACGGGUGGAAUGAGAUUCUCAAUCCUAAUGGGUUUGGGUAGCAAGGGGGAGGAAUACUGUAACAGACAAGUUCUAACUUACUGGGGCAAUGUUUCUUUUCUUCCUUUGGCGUCUCUUUAAAAACUAUGUGAAUCUUCUGGUGAAAGGUGUUGAGUUGACAACCAGGGGACUGGAGUCCUCUGUUUGUCCCCAGAACAGCCAGCUUCCUCCAAACUGCACCCGCCAAUGUGUUUCAAUGUAGCCUUGAAAGGAACCCUUUCAAACGAUGAGCGUAGCUGAGUCUCUCAUUUACUAUAUGGUCUUUUGGAAAUAGACUGUCAGGCUACCAACAGUCUAGCUAAGGCCUCGUUAUUUGCUCUGCCCCCGUUGCCGUCUGGUGGUGCACAUGACUUUAUAAAAUUAUUUCUAAGGGGAUGGGAGUGGGGAGAGUUAUUUGAGGCAAGAGGAGAAAUGUAGAAUUUGUAUAUACUGUCUCCUGAUUUCCCUUAAUGGUAUAUAAAUGUCCAUGAUUGAGUCUUGCUGAUCCACUGAGUGUAAACAUUUUGUAUAACCUUAGAUUUUUUUGCAUAAUCUUUUUAUUAGUCAUUUUCCCUUUUUGAACCAAGAUAAAACCAAACAUCAGGGAUGUGCUAUUAGCAAAAUUAUCAUCAUCUGACUUUACAAGGGUAAAAUGGAAAUGAUGGAUAUCUGUAGCUUUGAAUAUGGAACUUCCAACCUUCCCAGGUUAUGAUGCCAUAUGUCUUUAAAGAGGGACUUUCACACUGGGACAUUGUCUGAUGCAAACAGUUUUGCCACUUUUCUCCUGCUGUAACUAUCAAAUAUUUGUUUAAAGAGACGCUUCUUUUCCUCACAACUUGGCUGCUUCAUUCCUACUUCAUUGUGGUAUCAAGUUCAAGAGGAGGAAGCUGAGUGGAAACUGUUGUUCUUUGUAAUCAUAAUGGGAGGUGUACGAGUAAAGAGAAGACAUUUCUGUUAAAGGAUAGAGGAGAAUUCUUAGACCUCAUUCCACCUUGUUCCAAAUUGACCUAUAUUACUGAAAUGGAGCUCUAACUUCUUGCUCACACAUCUGGAGGUGUAAAAAUCCUUUGUCUAGUACAGGAUCAAUCCCAUAUGCUUGUGUACGAGAGACUAUCAUCUGUACUAUGAUCCACCCAUUUUCAUGUCUGUUUCCCAUUACCUUGUAUUUCUCAGCAUUGCAUAAAGUCACGUUUGGGUCUCUGAUGCUGUGUGUUCUAGGCACAUUAAUAUUAUGCUAGAAGAGGGACUGGCCAUUGUUGGGUGGGUGGAAACUAAUAAUACAUGCAUGGAAAAAUACCUGAAUGUAUCAAUACUGUAAUGCUCUUUGCCACUGCAAGUGAAAGUCACUGGUCAGUUGAUUAGGUGAGACUUUAUUCCCUACAUACACCUGCAUACUUUGAUACCACAAAACAGUUAUCUCUGCCAACCAAAAGGGUUUCAACCAGAGUUCUUGCCAAAGAUGUGUUGGUGGAGAUACUGUGGGACUUGUAAGUGAUAAGUGUAUUUAGGGUUAUUUAGGUUAUUGAAUCAAAUCAUGUGACUGAAUUUUUAAAGGGCUGGUUAAUUUCAUGUCCAUUAGUAAUAGCUGUAGCUCAGAUCUCAUCUUCAAGACUCAUUCCCCUCUUCCCGUACUGUGCUGUAUUUAAAGAUGAAUUGGAUGUUUAUAUGGAUAACAAGAAUAUUGGCUCUAAUAGACUAUGCUGCCCCAAAAAAGUGUUGGAAUGAAUAUAAAAUCUCACGUUUCCGGUCUUAAGACAAUCUCUGACUGUUAGGGGUUGGGAUGAGACUUUCAUGGAGUCUGAUUAUCCCACGUAUGUCUGCUAUGGAGUUCUUGACCUUCCUCUGAAGCAUUUGGUGCUGGCCACUGCCAAGGACAGGAUAUUGGACUAGAUGGGCUGACCACAGGUCUGAACCAGUAUGGAAAUUCAGAUGUUCUGUGAUCGGUGAAUUGAGUUUUCUCCUUUCUCUGAAGCAUAAGCUAUUGGCAACUGCAGGCCACAAGGCCAGAUGGAGCUAUGUCUGAUCUGGUGUGGCAAACUUUUCUUGUGUGCAGUAGACCUUUUACUUCAUUCACUCUAGGGCAACAUUGACCCAGAAGGCUUCAGGAAACUUGAAACUGUUUUCACCAAAAUGAGUUGUUUUCACCUGUCUGGAUGUCACUGAUCAGAAGUUGGUAGAGUGGUUUCAACAAGAUCAUGCUGCAGGGACAAUUCGGGGUUCCUGCAUGGAAUAAAACUUGCUUAAGAAUAGAAUGAGCCAGGGAGACUCAAACCCAGCAGCAGUUCCACAUGCAGCUGAAGACAUUCAAGGAGAUGACAGGUGGAUGUCACAGCACAACAGAUUUGUCUUGGACUGCAAGGACAAGGAGCCCGAUGUGCUGUUUGUGGGUGAUUCCAUGGUGCAGUUGCUACAGCAGUAUGAGAUAUGGCGAGAGCUUUUUUCACCUCUUCAUGCAUUGAAUUUUGGGAUCGGUGGGGACACAACAGCUCAUGUUCUAUGGAGAUUGAAGAAUGGUGAAUUGGAGAACAUUAAACCCAAGGUCAUUGUCGUCUGGGUUGGAACAAAUAACCAUGAAAAUACAGCGGAGGAAGUAGCAGGUGGAAUCGAGGCCAUCGUGCGGCUGAUAAAUACCCAACAGCCACAGGCCAAAGUUAUUGUAUUGAGCUUGCUACCUCGAGGCGAGAAACCAAACCCUCUGCGGCAGAAGAAUGCCAAGGUGAACCAGCUGCUAAAAGCCUCGCUCCCAAAACUCGCCAGCGUCCAGCUUCUGGACGUCAGUGGGGGCUUCGUGCACUCGGAUGGCGCCAUCUCGUGCCAUGACAUGUUUGAUUUUCUGCACCUGACGGGAGGGGGCUAUGCAAAGAUCUGCAAACCCCUCCAUGAACUGAUCAUGCAGCUACUGGAGGAGACCCCUGAGGAGAAGCAAGCUGCUCUGGCCUGAUCAGCUAAUAUCAGUGUUCAACAUCAUCCCAGCCCCAUCAGAUCAGUUCUGUCACUGGCACUACAGAAUCCUUCUUGCUUAAAGCACUUUCCAUUGUAGAAUGUUACUGGAUGUUCGUAUCGAGUGUUUUGAGGGGGAGGGCUAACGUCAAACUGGUCUUGUACAUAGAAGGGCAGGGCUAACUGGUUUUACUGCAGGAAGAAAUUAGCUAAAGAAGAUUUUUACUUUAAACCAUUCCUCAUUUAAAAUGAGAACAAGACUGUCACCUCUGUGCCCCUCACAUGCAUUAUUGCUCUAUGGUGCCCCUAGAUCCCUGUCAGCCUGACUCUAAUAACCCAUGUGCAGCUCUCGGUUUAGCUAUUCCCUUCCCUAGGCACUAUACUCUGUAUUCGCUUGGGAACCAGAAUUGCAUUCGACUCACUAGAAACAAAACAGCUGCAUUUUUGUCAAAAACCGUUCCCACCUUUAGAAGUUUUAUUUACUAAGGUAUUUUUAAAAGACACUUGUUGCUUUCUGGCUCUUUGUUUUUGAAGCAGCAUGAGACUAAAUGUAACUGGAAUUCAGAAAUGUAAAAAAACAAAGUGUUAGUUGAGCUGAACUCAUUUAACGCUCCCAAAACAUUGUUUUGUUUUACAAAGUCUGUUAGCUGUGACAAACUUCAUUCCACUGUUGCUUGGACUGUGGGCAGUCUCAUGUGGGUGCUGUUGAAUAUCAUGUCUCCUAUAGAACCUGUUCUUUGUUUUGGUUUGUGUACAGUAUUGGCAGCUUUUAACAGUUCUUUGGUUUAGGAGCUUAGUUUUCCAGCAAACAUCAAACACAAGCCAGUCAGAAACGUAGAACUGACAUUUCAUCCCACUAUGAGGGCUGUGCUACAGGGUUCUGUGCAGUGCUGUUCAUGUUCAUAGUUCCAAUUUUUUUAAAGUACGACUGUUACGCCUUUUUUUUAAUCCAUACUCAGCCCCUCUUUGCAAGGCCUGAACCAAUCUAAUGCUUUACGAGUUCUAAGGUGUAUAUUUCUUUAUUGCUUCUGUUUUACUUGUACAAACAUUUUAUUCAAGCAAAUAAGGCCUUUGACAGUAAAGAAUUGAGUCAGUUUGUAGCCUUUUCCUCUCCUGGACACUGCCCCUUUCCCCUCCAGCAAAGGGAGUUAGUGUGGAGAGUGGACUGUUCACAGGGACUCUCUGUCUCGCUAGAGCUUUUUAUAUGAGAGCUAAUUAUAAUCUGUGUAAUGACUAUAUAAAAUUGUCAUUCAUUUAAAGGUGAACAGGAAAAAAAAAAUUCUUAUCAAUAAGAAACUGUUUGAGACCCAAUGCAGAGCCUUGCUACUUAAAAAUAAAAAUACUUUAACAAAGUUUAUUCUUCCUUGACUUACCUACCACAAUUGGAGUUCAGCGGUGGUGGUAUCCCUCAUAAUGGUUCACACCACCGCGCGCUAAAAUACAACAGCCAAUGCAGGCCUCUGCACUGGUUGAAGUGUUCGUGAAGGCUGCAACCUUCAACUGUCAUGCUGCUUUUUGGCAGGCAAAUGAAAAAGGAACUGAUUUUUCUUUUACAUUUUUGUUAAACAGGAGAUCUACCUAGAUUGCUUUUUCCACCCCACUACAAAAAGUACGUAUGUAGUGUAUAUAGCCUGUUUGCCCUUUUAUUCUAGUAAAAGGUUCUGUUUAAGGCAGGCUUUAAUCUAGCAUUAAGGAAUAUGUUUAUGUCCCCAUCACGCUUUUGCUGCUGCUGUAGAAUUUGUCAUAGCAGGAUUUCUGCCUGGAUUGCAUGCAUAGCGUGUGUGUGUGUGUCUCCAGUAUAUGUGAUCCACACAGAGAUGUGGAGGAAAGCCGAAGAAUCCCACUUCCCAGAAAUAAAGGUUCAAGUCUGAUAGUGCUCAGUGGGAGAGGAGUAGUCCUGGUCUUACCUCCCCAGGCCAGCGUGGGUUGGGGGAGUGCUCCCUUCCCCUCCAACAGCUUGGAACAUUAACUGCAGAAACAUCAUUCAGCUCUGCUGAAAGAAUGGAAGCCUCAGCACAGGAACUUGGGGGUGUGGAGGAGAGAGAGCAAGCAGAUUUUAAAACCAAGGUUGGGAGGAGAAGAUUUGGCAGGGUGGUAUGGGUCCACCUGUAGCAAGAGUGAGGGGAUGAAACAGGACUUGGGUCUCUGCUAGUUUUUGAGGGUUGUAGGCUUUUGUUGAAAGGUACCAUGUUUGACCCAUGCACUAAAUGUCUCUCCAUGGUGUCAUCACACUGGUAAGACAGCUACUUGCUGGCAAUCUAGUUUUUUUUUAUAUAAAGCACUUAGUCUUUGUAACAGUGCAGUGUGUUUACAGCUGAGGCUGUCUUCAGCUGUGAGCCAGAGCCCCUUGGUUAGGUGCUGAUUGCAGUGGGGUGGGUCUGGCCUGUUGAAUACACAUCCGUUGGGCUGAGGCGGAGUAGUCAGGUGGCUCUCCAUGCUCAAGGUUGUCUUGCUGAGGUGCCAUGUUGCUUAUGCAUGGGUCAGCGUUCGCCGCCCUUCAUCUCCAGUCCGCAUUGUUUCUUUCCCAGCUGCGUUAACCACCUCUGUGUGUAGCCAUGGCAGUGGCUGCUGUGGACAGGAAGGGCAGCUUUCUUCUAUCUGGGACAUUGAAGCUACUGUCCUGUUGCCACCAUCUAAGCAGUGACCAGGCCAUAUCCCAGUGUAACCACAUAUCCCUUGGAGAGGGCAAGGAGGGAAUUUUUUUCUCAUUGUACCAAAAUUAGAGCCUGGUCCUGAGAAGUACUGAGCAUUUGCAAUUUCAACAGUAGGGUGCUUGCCACCUCUGGGGAUCAGGCCCAGCAAACCCCAGUCUGGGUGCCCCUGCGUAGCCUUUAUGACUUAUUCCAUUGUAACUGGCUGAUUGUGAAAGAACUGACCCUUUCUGAACUUUUAAUUUUUUAAACUAAUCUAGUUACCGUUUACAGUUGUAUGCUGAAGCCUGGAAUCUUGUUUGUGCUGUAGUGUAUGAGCAUUGCCAAUUUUAUAUUUAUUGCAGUGAAGAAAAUGCAAAGGAAAAGGUGUGAAAGGAAGGAGAGAAUCCUUGUCUCUGAACUCGUAUGUGGGUGCAAGCAAGGGGACUCCAGGUGCAGGCUGGGGGACCUCAAAGGCUGGAAGCUUGCACAGUAUGUAAAAUCCAAUUACAGCCCUGCUUCAUGGUGACCUUCCUUGGGGUGCUGCCCACUGCUGGGAGCUGACUGAACCUUCCCCAGGAAAAGCUGUGAUUCUGCUUUGGCAAAAUUGCAUUGACUGGUAGAACUCACUAUGUUUAGUGCAUAUUUCAAUAUAAAUGUAAAUGUUUCACCCCAA